UAUGACAUUUCAAAUAAGGAAUUCAUUUUUCACAUUGAUGUACUCUGAUCUGUUAAUUAUCGUUGAAACCGAGAUGAUAUUGCUGUGGUUUAAUCGGGAUGUCCCCAGCUGACAGUAAAAAGACUUAUUUGAAUUGCCCCAGUUAACAGAUAGCACAAGCAGCUUCUGUCCACCCAUCAUAGUCAUUUCUUAAAAAAUGUCUGGACGGCACAGUGAAAGUUCUCCACUUAUCAAUCUUCCAUCUGUUGUGGCAUCAAAGAUCUUGAGCUAUUUACCUUGGCAGGAAAAAACGAUUGUAGCUAGUGUCAUCCCAUCUUGGACAGAGGCCCUAAGAUGUACAGAAGCCUGGAGUUGUGUAAAUUAUGGCCCAGAAAUUGAUGAUAAUGUCUAUUUUGUCACAGCAGGGAGAGCUGAUUUUGUGACCUGUGUGAAACAAUAUGGAAAUUUUAUGAGAUCCAUUCACCUUUGUUUUGGACACAUAAUAGCUCACCCAAUGGAACCUACGGGAGAACAGAUUUUGAUGUUAAUACAUAAGAGAUGUGGUAAUCUAACAGCGCUUCAUGUAGAACAAGAAGUCCCUGAGGGUUCUCACACUGUUCUCUCAUAUCACUGGCCAUCUUCAGCUGGUGUUCUUAUUAACAGUAUGGCAGUUGAAUUCAAAUCUCUGAAAUUGAUUUCUCUCAGUCAACCUGUUAUCGUAUGGAACCAAGAAGAUAAAGAGAAUAUACUGUUGAUAUUGACAUGCAGUAGUGCUGCAAGUAAAAUCACGGAAUUAGAAUUAACCUACCUCUCACUCAUAAAUCAGGAAGGAAAACUUCAGCUGUUGAAAAACUUCACAGGUCUUCGAAAAUUAACUGUUCGCAGAGAGAAGGUAAACAAUGACAUUCUGUUACACCUUGUAAAACACUCUUUGAAGGAGCUCAUUCUUUAUCAGGAAGAGGAAUUACCUUAUAAAGAUCAACAAGACCUUGGAGAAAAUUUCUGGUUAGAGGUCAAAAAGGUGUGUCCUACCUUUAGAGUGGACUUAAUUCUGAGAUAUGUUAUGAUUCUAAAGAUUCUCUUUCCAUCCAGUAUGCCACUCAGGAACUUAGUGUUGGAUUUUCUUGUUAAUGUGAUGACAAAGGGAAUUAUGGAUCACAUCUCAGAUUGUUAUAAGGACACAUUACAAAGGUUUACAUACACCAACUCUUUCUUAGAAAAUGAGGAGAUGGGAGAUUCCAGAGUCCCUGCAUCACUUAUCAGCCUUGCUCAAAAGUGCUCUCAUCUUGAAACUCUAGAGUAUGGAUUUCCAUUAUCAAGUUCUUCAAUUUUCUUAAUUGCUCAAUCAAGGAAACUGAAGAACUUGGUUGUUCCAUCUGUAGAAGUUUCCUAUGUUAAUGAAAUAUCUACAGAUAUCUCUGGAUCCAAGGCAGAGGAGUACAUAAACUUCAUAAAUGAUGCUGAAAAUUCUAGAAAAACUUUAGAAACAGCUGUGUCUCAUAUACUAGGGUACCAUUGGACUUUGCAUGAUGGUCCACUGAAAGUGAAUGAACGAAUCAAAUUUUGAUGGUUGUUUUUACGUAAUGAUGUAUAAGAAUUAAAGGAUUAUACUUAG